AUGGCUUUUUUUCAAUUGGUAGUGAAAGCCCAUCGGCUUGAAAAACUUCGUCAUAGAUACGAGGAUGAAAAAUUGAGAUCGAUCGAGGUCUCAAAAGGUGCCAAGCAUUUGACUUGGAGUCAAAGAUUUCGUCAUAAGAAAUUCCGAUGUAAAAGAAAAGUGAAAAACUUUUGGAGGAAGAUAACGAGCUUCCCAGAGGAUUCCUGGCUUCAUAAAAAAGCAGUUCUUUUACGUACCAAUGGUUCCUUUGAAAAUUACAUAUUAAAAAGUAUCUUUGGAUUUAUUGGAGGCGUUAUUCUCACUUAUAUGUUCUUUAUGUUCUUCGUUAUACAAUUAAAUUUCUCGCUUACAUCGGCAACCCUUUUGUGCUCGGUUAUCGGAGUGAUAUUGACCAUGGGUUUAUCAUUUUUCUACGGUGUUAGAUGCGUCGUAUUCUUAUUAUUACCACAAUUCUUUUCUAAACGUGGUCGGCAAGCUCUAAUUGCAUAUGCUUUUAUUUUAACUCUUACUGGACCAGGAAAGAAUAUAUUAAGAAAUACAGCUGUACUUACGGAAUCUUUGGCUUGCGGCCAGGAAAAAUUGAAGGCAGCUGUUAAAUGCGUUUUGGAUUUAAUAAAGGAACCUUUUUAUGCAUUAAAAGAAGCGAUUAUGAAAGUAACCAAAGCAGUGAGAAUUAUCGUAUCGAGGAUCAAACAAACUUUCAUUGCUAUAAAAAGAAUAGUUCUUAGCAUACUCAGAGUAAUAACCGCAGUUUUUCAAUGGCUUGGAAGUAUUAUAAACAUAUGCAAUAAAAAGUUAGGCACGCCUUUUGAAAGAUGUCAAAGAGUUUUCGAAGGUGCUGUAGCCGAUUGCAGAGCUAAACUUGGCCCAAUUUUUGGUGGGAUUUGCAAUUUGACGUAUAUCGUAGGUGCUCUCUGUUGGAUAGUUAAACCAUUGGAUUUUAUAUGUAUGCUGGUUUCAUACGUCGCUGAUGCCAUAGUCGCUGCCGUAAAGAAAAAAAUUCGAAGAUUCACCAGACACAUGAAAACGAUGUUCUACGUCAAAGUCAAGUUUUCGCAUUCAUUUCAUUUCGAAGUGAAUAAAACUAAAACGAUACACGAUAUUGCUACAAAUAUUUCUUCUGAGAUUAGAUCAAGGACAAACAGAUUUAUAACGGUUUUCGAUUGGGUCAACUUUCUAACAGCUUUUUUCAUAUUUUUCAUGUUACUCAGGGUUUUACAUUAUCGACACAAAUGGCUAACGAGCGAGAGAUAUAACAAUAAAUAUAUUACCGAUGAUAUUCGUACGAUCGAUUUGAUAAGAGCGCGACAGGAUAAAGAAACGAUUUUACCUUUAAAUCCUCGGGAAAGAAAUCGUUAUGUAUCAUUAUCGUCGGUUAAAUUAAUUAAAACUGAAAGGAUCAAGUUAGUAAAAUCAGCGAUGUUUUUGAGCUUAACUUCGGUCAAAAUUUGUAUGUAUAUAAUGACGGAUUAUAGCCUUUAUUGGGUACUCGAUACCAUCAGAUAUUACGGUCGUAUACAAACGCAGAUCGAGCAGCCAAACUCUGUUGGUGUAUACGUUUCAGGAACUGGCUUUCUUGCAGAACUUUACAGGAGUAUUAUAAAGGCAUUUACUCCACACAUUAAAGACAUCGAAAUCAAUUCGGUCCCAUGUCUCCCAGAUCCGAUACCACCAAGUUACGACGGAUACAUAAGAAUCUUAUCUCUGAUCAUAUUAUGUUGGAUCAUGAUAAUUUUCGAACCCUAUUGUCUUCGACUGAGAGAAAUUGUGAUGUGUCAGUAUUAUCCCGAUAGAGCGAAACAACGAGCAGCGUGGCUUUACAAUCAUAUAAUGCGUUCGAGAGGAAGUUUCGUUAAAUUCGCGAGACGUCAAUUACGUCGAAAAUUUGGUAUCAAUGGAGAGACUAUAGAAAGGGUUACUUUCAAGCAACGUUUCAUGGCUAUCUUUCCUUUUAUGAAUAUAUUCUUCCCGCAAAAGGAACAAGCUUGUCUUUUGUGCGGUGCUGUUCAACGCGAUGACAAUAAUCCGCACAUUAAAUGUCCGACACCAGGUUGCGUUGGAUUAUUUUGCUUGCAGUGUUUCGCAGACUUACAAAAUAUCUGUACGAUUUGUCGAUCGCCUCUGGAAUAUGGAGAUUUGUCGGAUAUGAGCGAAGAAGUGUAA